AUGGUGCAGGUAGGCUCCCCUUUAAUUGAAGUCCCAUCUUUAUAUUUUUCUAUAGGAUACAGUUUAUCAAUCAUAUCUUUUGUAACUCUCAGUCUAUUUUCUCUAUGUAACUGGAGACUUUGAGCAUUCGGUCUUCGAUUUUCAAAGGCUUUGCUUAUGAUUUUUAAAGCUAUGCAGCAGAUGCACAUUCUAAAUAGGAUUUACAGUACAGAUGAGAUCCCAACUACGAGUGCGAUCGACAAAAAUAAUUCGCUAGACUCAUUGGAAUCGUCUGAUUUUCCAGGAUUAUUUAUUUUACAAGGAUUUUGAGGAUUAUUGUCUAUUGUGCUAUUGAAUUCAGAAUUACAGUCAUCAGAUAUAUCUUGAGCACUUGAAACAAUUAAUGAUUUUCCAUAG